GGUUGAAGGUACUACAAUACGAGCGUCGUCAUCGCCAUUGCGCUGGAUUGGAGCAAGAGGUACAGAAUCGCCGUCGGGGUCGCAAGAGGACUGUGCUACCUGCACCAAAGCUGCCGCGAGUGCAUCAUCCACUGCGACAUUGUCAGCAGUCCAAGCAACGACGCGGCUAUGAGACCUGUGUCACCGACUGUUCCGAAUAGAGCGCUGCAGGAGCCAAGGGUGAAAAGGAAGCUAAAGCCCAACAGCAAGGUUUCUAGCCUAAAUUGGGUGCUUUAGUCUUGUAAUAGGCAGGCCCAUGGAAUUGUGAUAUAUGUUGUCUGUAUCCGAACUGGAGAUGGCAUCGAAAAAGAACAGAACAAUUCUACCUAUCUUCUUCCCCUUGUCAAGUAUUCCUCCUUCCUGGCGCCGUCCUGCUCCCUUCUCCUUCCCCUUCUCUAGUAGCUAACAGUUGGUAUCAAAGACAUCGAUCCUCGGAUCUGGAGCCGAUCCAGUACACCCGCCGAGCCAAAACCCUAGGCGCUAUGGAUCCCCAAAUCAAGCUCGCUUUGGAGGCACAAACUCGUUCCUUCCUCAACGAGCUCGACAAGAAGUUCGCCGCGCAUGACACCAAAUGGGAGUCACGCGUCGGUGAUCUGGAGCGGUCGGCAGCGGCGGCCGCCGAUCAGUUCUACGACCUCAAGGCGGACAUCCAUACCGAUGUCACUGCUCAGUUGGAAUUCUUCGUCUCUUCCGCGACGGAGCGCACAGAUCGGGCAGCCGCGGCCACGAUUUCGCGCGUCUCGGCGCUCAAAUCCACUACCUCGACCUUUGAGGCGUGGCGCCCCACCAUGGAGUCGAUGGUCACUGACUUCAAACUCAGUGUCAAAGCUGUACAAGCCAUUGUCGACAACUUGUCUCUCUCAUGGGAACGCCGUCCACCAGAGCCGGACCACCUCAAGCCUGGCAUCCUCGGCACAUUUGGGUCGGCACCCGUGCGCCCACCUACCAGAGAAUGGACUAACGGCCCCGACGGGCACCACUUAGACUCAAAUCAUCGGGAGGCUGGUUUUGGACGCAUGUUCGCAUCCACCCACCUCCCGCCCAAUGUUUAUCGAUGGCUUAAAAGAUCACAUUAAGUCUGCUGUUUUGUUACAACGUCCUCCAAAUCUCGAUACUGCUUGUGCUCUUGCCCAACUGCAAGAAGAAGUCUCAGAGCCGGCUCAGGUUGAUUAUCGCAAGUUUAUUUCCUCCCCUUCCACAAGACCAGCUCAAUCCCCGAUGCCUCUUCCCCGACCUCCCCAAGCUGAGACGGUGGUGGCUGAUCAUGCCAAAGUAUAUGCAGUUCCUCGCCAGCGUCAGGUGGAUGAAAAGUUGGCAUCUCUGAAAGCAUAUCGCCGAGCUCGUGGGUUGUGCGACAGGUGUGCAGACAAAUGGGUGCCUGGCCAUCGUUGUGCACCAACAGUUCAACUUCAUGCUCUACAAGAAUUGUGGGAGUUAAUUGAAGAAGAUUCCAGCACAAACACAACCGAAACUGAACCCAAACCAUCAGGUGAGUUGUUGUCCUUGUCAAUGUCAGCUAUGUCAGGUACUCCUUCUCGCCGUACUGUACAACUAUCUGGUGAGUGUCAAGGGCAUCCUGUUAUACUGUUAGUGGACUCAGGCAGCUCCCAUUCGUUUGUUAGCUCUGCAUUAGCUGUGAAGCUCUCUGGUAUUUCA